UUGCCAAGUGGACAAGAUAACAAAUAUGUUGAUAUGCUUAUCUUUCAUCUUCAAAACAUCAACCAUCUUCAUUAAUGGAGAAAUCAACAUUAAUGGAGCUUUAAAAGGGUGAUGGGUGAAAUUGCAACAAAUUCUUUUGCUUCAUGCCAUCAACUUUUUCUUGGUGGGCAGUACAAUUGCGGGACAUGGAAAAGAAAGCUAAAGAUUCAAGAUUGGCAAUGCCAUUUUUCUUUGUAUGCUACAAAAUCAAAAAGGGGAUCGUUGAAGAUCAAGAAUCAAAUGGCAAUAAAUUCGGCUACUUACUCUUCAAGAAUCUCUACUGAUAUUCCACUCUAUGAGGCUCCUGGGGCUUCGUUUGAUAGUUAUUUAGAGGAUAGGCCCAGAGUUUUCAAAGCAAUGUUUCCUGAUAAACAAAGGAGUGAACAACUUAAUCAGGAAGAGUGGAGAAUUCAGAUGUUACCCAUUAGUUUCUUAUUUCUUACAGUCUGGCCAGUAGUAGACAUGAGAUUGAGAUGUAAAUCAGGAGGCAAAGAUUACCCAUCACAAGUUCCAAUUAAAAUCAACAAAGUUCUCGAGCUUGACAUUAUAAGAUGGCAACUUCAAGGGAUUGAUAAUGUUAUUGAUCCAUCUCAUUUUUCACUUGGAGUAAAAGGGCUAUUAUAUGCUGAUAGACUCGGAGCUCGAACCCGCCUUAAAGGUCAACUAGAGAUGAACAUCAGCUUUGUUCUUCCUCCGGUGCUCGCUCUGAUUCCGGAAGAUGUUCGUAAGAACAUUGCUGAGUCGGUUUUAACAGGAUUGGUGCAGAACAUGAAACACAAAGUUAAUGGUAGCUUGCUUGCAGAUUAUAGUGAAUUCAAGCGGCAGACAACGGCUAAGAAUUUGAAAUGAGCCUGCUAGAGCAACCGGAGGGCUUGGUGCUGGGUAGAAAACGCGGGGUCUGGCGUCAGUCAGUCAUUCUGAAGCAAGAUUCAUAACUAAAAGAGAUGGAGAAGGAGAACCUUCUGCACUGCAUUCAACAUUCUCAUUGUACAAAACGCUGAGUGAAGAACAAAACCGAGCAGUUUAGAGAUAGUUGAUAGAGGUUGUAUUGCACGGAAAAUUGUCUAUUUCUAAAUUUCGGGGCUAUCAUUUUAGUUUUUGGAAACACUUUUAAAAGUGCAAUUUUUUUUUUUAAUAAAAAAUUUCAUUUCGUGACGCAA